GCAUAAUGGUCUGUGUUACAACUUAGUCACGUCACGCGAGAACACGAGGUCCCUUCCACCAUUACACGCAUUGAGUGUUUGCGCCUCAUGUUCUUUCAAAGUUUGUGCGAAUGAGUAAGUUGAACCAAACAAAUGGAGGAUUAAUCAAGCACGGUUCGUCGUUGUUACGGGGUGACCCAUUGAUGGUUGGAAGUUAGAAGGGUUAGAAGGUACACCGCCACAAUAAUUCUUGCGGCGAGCUGAAAACAGUUAAAGCACAGGGCGAGAAUCCUCCACAAAGGUGGCCGUGAUGAGUCAAAGCCGAAGUAAAACAUGAGAAUAGGCCUAGAAAGGUGCAAUUACCUAAGGUGUAAUAUUGAUGCCUUAAUUUUUUUUAAUUCCUAGUACGAUGAAGCAAGCACCUUGCUGAGUACCAUUCAUCAACCAAGAUAUUAUAUUUAAGCCUCUUCAUCUUGCCUUUCCAUUUACAUCGAUUUUCCUUCCCAGUUGUCUAUCAUACUAGAGCAGGAGCAGCUCUAGUUGAUACAUCAUUCCACGACUUUUCAUUACACCAAAAUCGAUACACGAACUUCUUAGACUAAACAUCCUCACCUUUAAGACUACACCACUUAAUACUACCAUAAUGUUUCCCACCAUGGCUUAUGACGAUGCUGCCCGGACCGUUUUACACCGCCGACUUCUUUCAGAUAUCAGAGAAAUGGUAGAGAAGCCAUAUCCAAACAUCAUUUUUUAUCCGGACGAACAAAAUCUUCUAAAAGCCUGCCUAGUCCUCACACCCGCCAACUAUAAGCCUCUACAUCUCACGGUAAACUUCUCUAACAACUAUCCCUUGGACCCACCGGGUAUUCAUAUGGAUUCAAGCGUCACUCACCCAAACGUUUAUGGUGGUUGGAUUUGCGCGACUAUUUUAAGGAAAACCGAUGAGCACACACCCGCGUAUACUCUCAAAGGAAUAGCGAUUCAGCUUCUCAGCUUUUUUUCUAGCGAUUCCCUUGAGCAAGAACACGGCUCUACGCAGAAGUUGGAUCAAUACAGAGCUCAGGAUGAGGCCUUGCUCGACGAUUUUCACUGCCGCCGGUGCAAGUUCCCCCAAGCUACGAAGCCCGCCCCUCGACUUAGAUUAACGCGUCGUCGUUCUUAUGAUGCACGUGUCGACAGCGAUCCAGUGCAGUGGCCUACCAUCGGAGGCGAUACGGCAUCACCGCCUAAACAGCCCGAGGCCGAGGCGCAGGCAAACGAAAUCGAGAUACCCGAAAUGUGUUAUAUAGACCAACUGCCAAACGAAGUAUUACUACUCAUUCUCGAGCAUCUGGAAGAUUUCGAGCAACUGACAACAUUUGCUACGUCCUGGCCAAGGAUUAGCGGUGUUAUUAGGGACUUCGAUGUUGUGAGACAGCGCGAGCUCCAGUGUUUCUGUCUCAAACAAAACUACCAUACCCUCAAGCUUGGUGUGGGCAUAUCUUUUUCUCGCGGCCAUAUUGCGUCGGAGUUUGACCUUAUCUCCCAAGAAGCCUUUAGUGAUCUAAGAAUACGCAAGUCAGUCAACAAUAUCCCAUUUAAUCAUUGGCUCCCCCUGCCGAUCUCUCACAAGCACUGGGGGCAAGUUAAAAAUGAAUGUGCAAAAUCCCUAGACGACUUAAAACCAUACCUGAAAAAUACUGAGCAUUUCGGUAAGGCCGAAGCGCUAUUUACCUUCAUGAACGAUGUGGUUGUUCGACUCAACCAGGUACUAGAACCUCGUGGUGAGCAAUCCCACAAGAGCAAUCUUCGCCAUGCUUCAGAGAAGGCCAUCGAUUCGUACUUCCACCUCUUCCAUCUCCUCGUAUGCUACGCCGUCGAGGACCCCUCCUUGGUCGAGCAAGCAAAUUCCCUACUUGGGAACUUCAUAAACGGAAAGCAAUCGAAGACAGACUGUCCCAACCUAGGACAUCUUCUCAUCGCCUUAUUAAUAUCCGACGUCGAAGUCACCGAAAGACUGAUGCAAUUAAUCAUCACCGAGGCAAUCACACGAAACGUCGUCUGGCUAUUCGACGCAAAAGGAGCGAACAUGCCCGAACUCUCCUUCAUGGAGUCGGAGCCGAUAUCAAGAUACCGUCUUAACAAGACAUUCGAGGGCUCACGCACCUCCUACCGUCUCCUCAUGUUCUCCGAACUAUUCCGCCGCACAGCACGACCCUCCCACACAAAACCCCUAACCCAAGUCCGCGACGAACUUUUCGAGCGGCACGGCGCACCACCCCAUAACGCAGCGCAAGAACUAUCAUCCACCGUUCGCCGCCUGCAUAAAAUCAACGAUUUCCCAUCCUUCCUGCGGGAAAUGGGUCUGCACAAAGUGCCCGACCCCCAGACCUUCACGCGGGUGCUACGUAACACCGUGCACCUGAGCAUGGAACGGGGGUACUCGAAAUGGGGAUGGCCGCGGGAAGUCGCGCUCUUGCAGCGGUAUUUCAAAGAUAAGGAGUUGAAGUUGAGUAGGGAGGACUCGAUUUAUGCUGAACAGAAUAAGUAUAAAUACCCGAAGAACGUGCGCCUGUAUUGGAACUUCUUCCCCGGCCGCCCUGGUGAUAAUAAUCCUGGAAAUGGAAAUAGGGGCGGUCGUGGAGGUGGUCGCGGAGGUCGCGGAGGCAGAGGCAGAGGCAGAGGAGGACGUGGAAGAGGUCAAGGUUUCUAAUGAGACCGAGAACUAGGGGGUUACUAGGUGUGCUGGGAGAAUGGUGAUAGUUCUACCCGCUAUAUGUGCGCCUGCGAGUGGAUGGUAAGAGUUGAUUAACCAGCUAGGAUAAUACCUAG